AUGGCUUCAAUGACAUCUGACGCCGACAAUAAGGUCGACAAAGCGAGGGUGAAAUUUUUGGAUGGAAUUGCCAUCCACAUGGAACAUCUCAGCUUUGAUGGCGCCGCCCAGCAACAAGACGAGAUCCUAUCCAGCCCUCUUAUCACCGUUUCCCUGCUCAAUGCUCCGCCCCCGCCUCAGUUUGAUCUCUUCGGCGGCAGCCUGUCGCAGAGUUGCCCGCUCUCGCCGGCGUCACGCGUAUUUUACAACAUCACCUGCCCUUCUAGCGUGUUCAUUUGUGGCAGCCAGGGGUUGGGCAAAAGCAACACGUUCGCGUGUCUUUUGGAGAACUGCCUCAUACCAAGCAAGCUUGGGAACUUGCCACAACCUCUUGCUGGCAUCGUCUUUCACUUUGACAGCUUCGUGUCGGACGCUGGAUGUCUUCCAUGUGAGGCAGCGUUCCUGGCGUCUCAUGACAAGGCUUCGGUCCGAGUUCUGUGCACCCCGACAAAUGUUCGCACCAUCCAGAGCAUCUAUAGCGGCAUCUCCCAAGUCAAAAUCGAUGCUCUGAACCUGAGCGACCAGGAUCUCAACACCCGGAGAAUGCUCGACCUCAUGGCAGUCGGAGAAGGCGGCAUGCCACUCUACCUCCACGUGGUGAACCGCGUUCUUCGGGACAUGCGGUUGGAACAGCAGAGAAAUGGACAAGACUUCAGCUACUCAUCUUCCAAGAAGAAAUUGGACCAAGAGGAUCUUACCCCGGCGCAGCGCGGCCCCUUGAGCCAGCGCCUCGACACGCUGGAAAGUUUUAUGGUCAAAGGCAAAACCAAGCACGGAAGAAUUGACUGGGAGCCGAAGGCUGGACAACUCACUGUCGUCGACCUCUCCUGUCCCUGCGUCACGGCAGAGAUGACACGCUUGCUCUUCAACAUCUGCCUCUCGCUCUUCUUAGAGCAAAAGUCGCACAUUGGCGAAGCACACAAAUACAUGCAAGAAUCGGACGAGAGCAAGACCCUGGCCAGUUCGUUGCUGAGCACAAUCCGCCUGCAGCGACAUCUCGGCGUUCGCGUGUUUAUCUCAACUCAGGAGCCCACCGCGUCGACCAAGCUCCUUGGCCUGUGUACGGUGACGGUAGUUCAUCGGUUCACUUCGCCGGAUUGGCUGCACACGCUGCGUGGCCAUAUCGCUGGUGUCUCUUCUGUUUCAGCCACUGCGCCAAAACAGCAGGAACCCAUCGGGCAUGUUGAUCCCGUCGUGGGUGGGGGAAAGGAUUCGGCCAACGACCUUUUCGCGAAGAUCGUAUCUCUGCAAACAGGACAAGCUCUUGUGUUCGCGCCUAGCGCGGUCAUUGGACUGGCACAUACAGAGAACGACACGAUGACCGCCGUUCAGCGACUGGCCCUUCGGCUCCUCGUGGUCAAGGUCCGGUCCCGGCUGACCCAGGACGGCGGAAAGACAGUGAUAAAUUAG